CAGUCUCGAUUGGCUAUCCGUUGUAGCUGGAUGUUGGUCGUGUGAGGGUUGCGCUCUCUUUUUGGCUGCCCGUUUGCUUUUGCCUCUUGUCCCCCGUCGUCAUGGAAGUGUUGAGCGGUUCGAGGCAACGGCUGAAGAAACAAGCGGGACGACAAAACAAGUCGCAAGAAGAGGAAAGUGCAGUCAGCAAGUCGCUUUCGUCGACGUAUCGCAGUUUCCGCGACAGCGACGUCAGUCUCCAGUCGUUCCAUUUGGCUGGCGAUACGUCCAUUAGCGGACUAUCGCACAAAUCGCUCACGCUGACCGAUAUCCCCGAGUGGACUCGGCGUGAAACUGCUGCUGCCUUGUUGCACAACAACAAUAACAGCAGCAGCAGCAGCCGAAACAACAAGAAUCGUAGCAGCAGCAGCCAAUCGAUUGACACAUUACACCGAUCCCAAUCGUCCAUUUUGUCGACCAACACCACACAAGAGUCGACGACGACCAGGUCCGAGAUAGCCGUCGACGGGCUCCUAUCUUGCUGCUCUCCCGAACCACCGGGUGGUUGGCCAUUGGUUCACCGUUGCCUACGAACCCUGAGUCACGGUCAUUGGUUUCACCACUGGCUCAGCGGCCUGAGUCAACGGAGCUUGCGCGUCUGUCAAGCCAAACGAGUGGCACCGCCAAUUGUUCCGGAAUCGGCGACGGCUUCAACAUCGUCAUCGUCGUUGUCCGUACAACAGCAUCCCAACCACCACCACCACCAACAACAGCAGCAGCAGCAGCAACAGCAGCAACAACAUCGUCAUUCCGGAUCUAGUUUCGAUUCGGGAGGUUCGGCCGAAUCGUCUUCCGGUGGCUACUGUUCGGGCACGGGAAGCUUGUCGAGCUGUCACGCUCCUUCGUCGUCGGCCUGGAGCCAAGCCGGCAGCGACCAGCGCAGCUCAAUCGGCCUGGACGACGCCUUUCUGCCGCCUCCACCCUCGUCGCCGGCCGCCCACGCCAACAACAACGCCGCCAACAACAAACACCACAUGUACAGUCGAGGAGAAAACGAGCCGGUGUAUAGCGGACGCAAUCUGGGCUCGCCCGGCUUUGGCGGACCUGGCGGUAUCUUUACUUAUCCGGCGUCAGGAGCCAACAGUCACCAUACCCAGAAUGGUAUCUACGGUCAGAUAGGGCAGUAUCGAUCCGGUAGCCAGUCGAGCUCUCAGCACGUGUCGUUCGCCAUGGAUAACAACCACCCGACUUCACCGGCAUCGGUGGGAUCGGGCUCAACUUCGGCCACUGCCAUUCCCAGCAUGACGUUGCUUCCGCAUCCAAAUUACAGUCAUCAGCUGUCGAUGGAAGAUCAAGGAAUCGAUCUGACGCAGAGUCCGGGCCGCGAGAGCCCGUCGAGCAGCAGCAGCACGGUCAGCGUGGGAUUGAAGAGCAACAUUAGCGGCGGGAGUAGCAGCGGAAGUAGCGCCGCGUCGGCUCUCCUGACGGGAUCCUCUUCCUGUCGCCACAGCACCACCAGCACGACGAGCUUAGACAGUGGAAGGGCAUCGGGCACUUAUGACAUUCACCAUCACCACGGGGCCAACCAGCGGCACGGCUCCACUUCGUCGACGUCAACCACGUCCACUUUCCACCAUCCAGGCGGGCAAAUGUUGUUGGUCCAGCACCAGCAACAGCAACGAUUCUCGGGCCAAUCGUACGAGAGCUGCUUGCGUAACAGCUACCAUAGUUCUUCGUCCAGUUUGGGAUCGAGUGGAGGCAAAAUCGAUGACAUCCAUCGAAUCAAUAUUGGCGAAAUGCUUUCUCAAGGAAUGCCGGAGCACGAGAUUCUUAAUGCCUGGUUGACGGAUCUGGGCUUCGAAGAAUAUUACGAUCUCUUUGUCCAGUCAGGUUACGACAUGCACACCAUCACCCGGAUGACUCCCGAGGACUUGACGGCCAUUGGGAUUCAAAAGCCAAACCACCGUAAAAAGCUUAAAGCUGAAAUGGCCCUGCUCCAAAUACCGGACGGGUUGCCUGAUUUCAAACCGGAAACGCUCGAAGAAUGGUUGGCUCUACUAGGACUGGCUGAGUACAGUCCCAGUUUGAGACGCCAGGGCUACAGAACGGUGGAAGAUGUCACCCAGCUGACGUGGGAGGAUCUAGAGGAUUUUGGAAUAUUACGACUUGGUCACCAGAAGAAAAUCAUGCUUGCCAUCAAGCGAGUGAAAGACAUUUUGGCCGGCAAGUACGUACCGUUGCAGAUGCAACAGGGCGACGUAAUGGUUUCGCCAGGAGGUGAAAUGCACGACAUGUCAUCUCUCUCGACGUUCCAGUACCGCAACGGAUCCGCAACGUCGUCUUCAUCUCACUACGCUAUUCCGCCUUCCAUCAUGCGGCCUGUUUUCUUUAUGCCACAACAACAGGCUCAACCACAACCACAUUAUCAGCAGCAACAUCAUGUUCAACAGCAGCAGCAGCAGCAACAACAACAACAACAACCUAUUUACUAUCAUUAUCAACAGCCAACAUACCGCCCGGAUGUCGUGGCGAUUCAGGUUCACCGGAAUAGGUCAUCGGAAGACGUUCGAUCUUGCCAGCCUGGCCCUGUUGCAAACGCUGAGCCAGCUGCUCUCCAGCAGACGUUUUACAAGCCCGGAUGGCGUCAGAGGAGCUACGAGGAUGGUGACGUGACGCCGGUGAGCGAGCACAGUCAUCACCUUUUGCCGCAAGGGCAGAAUGUGCCGGGCGGUGGCACUUUACCGCGCCCGCGAGGAACAGUCAAACCUCGCCCAGUGGCCAAAAUCAGCGCCAAGACGAGAACCGAUUGUUGCCCCGAUCCAUCUGCACACCUUCACGAUGACCUCAAAGCUCUGUCCAUCAGUCCGCCUACACAGCCUCUGUACGGCACGCUCGGAAAGAAGAACCCGCCUCCUGCCCCGCCCAAACGUGCCAGCAGCAGCUCCAUCUCGGCGGAGAGCGAGGCGGCCGAGCCCAUUUACGGACGGAGUGCCAAGUCUAGUCCCUUGCCGCUACCGCCUCCGCCACCCGUCACUGCCGCCGAUUCAAUGAGCCUCCUGGCUUAUUCGGAUGACUCAGAGGAUUUUCCUCCUCCGCCAGCGCCGAUUACAGCAUCCGACUCGUACCUGCAACACGGGCAGCACGCCUCCUCGGCUGCCGCCUCUGUCCGCGAACGACUCGACAACAUCCUCCAGCGCACGGGUGCUGGGCAUUGGCCAGCUCGCCCCCAUUCGCAGCAGUCUCAUUAUGGAGUCCCCAACGCUACACCUAGUCGCCCCAACAGCACCAUGUCUUCCAUGAAGAUGGUCUCGACCAGAGAAUGCAGUCCAAGCGAAAGCAUUGAAACUUCAGAUACCGAACCGGGAAGCCCGGCCAUGGAAUUCCGUCAACGCCGGAAUGGAUCCGAUGCCAGUUUCAAGCAGUCGACGUCGAGCACGGAAUCGGAUUCGAUGCCGUUUGCCAACGACAACGCCGGCACCAUCAAACAGCGAAGUGCGCGGGCUCACCCGGCCCUUGCGGCACUGACGUACUCUUCUUCCUCUGUCGCCGCCGUUCUGUCUCCGUCACUCGGCCGACGGGCGCCAUCCACCAGCAACGCCAACACCAACAUAAAUCUCGGUCAGCAUUGCACCCCUGUCUCUUAAGAACUAGCGACGUGUUGAACGACAUUGGCAACAUGCUAGCUGACUUGACGGACGAAUUGGACUCUAUGUUGGAAGAGGAAAGCAGUAACCAGCCCAUAAGGCAGAAAUCCUAAAGAGGAAAAAUGGGGGGACGCAAAAAACGUUGUUUGUAAUUAUAUAUAUCUUAACCUGGAUUUUUAAACGUUUGCUGAUCCCCUAGACUCCCCCCUCCCUUCCCUUGGAAUGAGAAAAACGUUCCGGGCUCCACUUUUUUGUUUAAAGCCAGCCAGCUGCGUCAAAGUGCCUAGUUCACAAGCAUGUCUCGUAAAGCAAGCAUGAUCCAUCUGGAUUGAUGAAACAGUUGAUGAACAAGUGUUGGAAAUUCCUAUAUUCUUAUUUCUCCCUUUUUCUUCUUCAAUUUAACACUGGUCCAUCUCGAUGGAAAUGAUUUCUUUUACGUUACGUGACGAUUUUAACUGUUGGGAUCAUUUUUUUCCCCCUUUUUUUUUGUUUCACCGUCCUUUUGUUAUGUGUUGCCCGCCCAGCCAACUGAUGUACCUAUAUUAUAUUGUAUGUAAUACAUGUACACGUUUAUCGUAUCCCACUUUUGUGCAGAUAAACGGUGUCUGUAAGCCAACUGCACGGUUUUUUUUUAAUGAAAAGAAACAAGCCCUCCUCAAUGUCGACGACUGGUUUGUAACCCUUGUAUUUUUCAUCCAAUCUACCCGUUUUGAGUGCUCCUCCCGUCGUCCUUUGAUUUAUGCUAGCUUUUGAUCUACACACUAAAUAAAAAGAUUACAGUGAAA